AUGAAGGUUUUGAGGGGUAGGUACAACGGCUUGGCAGAACUUUUCCGUUUCAGCUCUGGUUUUGGAUGGGAUCCUGUAACAAAGAAAUUCACAGCUAGAGAUGAAGUAUGGGAUGACUAUUUGAAAGAUUUACACAUGAUAUUUUCAACAAAUGUUGCAACUGGAAAAAAUGCCAUGGGAUUAGGUGAUGCCAUUGAUGAAGAUACAUAUCAAGUUGGAGACAAUGAUGGGAUAAAUGAUUCAAAUCGUGUUCAAGUUGAGGAUGAUGAAGAGGAAAGAGCCUACGAAGAUACAUCUGUUCAAGAAGUUUCCUCUUCAUUAGAGAAAAGAAGAGGGGGAAAGCUACAGGAAUCCAAAGAAAAAGAAGCUGAGGAUAAGGCUACUAAUGUGUGGGAAGCUAUCAAAGAAAUUCCUGAUUUGGAGGAAGAUCUGCGUUACGAAGCCAUGACACUCAUUCACCGCUUAGGGAUGAAAAAUGGGUUCGUUCAUAUGUCGAUAGCAGAUCGCAAGGGAUGGAUCAUACAAAACCUUCGUAAACCAUGA